AUGGACCCGCACUCAUAUCCACUCCUUGGGGAUGUUGUGCCAUCCUCCGAUGAAACUGAAAAGCUAGAGGCUUCAGGAUCGGAAAGCAAACUAACACUUGACUACAGCGACUGGGAAGCCUAUGUAGGACGUCCCUUCAACAUAAAACCCUCCUACCUCUCUUCGGUACAUGCCCUGAGCGUAGUAUUGAUCUCAUUGGCUGUCACCUACUUCCUGCUGCGUUGUUUUGAGUUGACAAAAGUAAGAAAUCGGGUUGCUCCGUUGACCAGAGUUCUUGCAGCUGGGGACGGAAGACCAUGUCAGGAAUCUGGGGAAGAUGAAGAACUUGGGAAGAAUGAAGAAAGGGAUGAUUUUUGGUUUGAUGGACUCGACAGAAGUGCUCGGAAGCCACCGGCACAAGACGACUUUUCUGAAGGUUCGUCGAGGAUGUCAGGAGAUAUGCAGAGAUUGCCAGCAAUUUCGACAGUCGCGUCUCCCGCAGGUUUCGUUGGAACCGGUGGAUUGGCUUCUGGAACGCGUGGACUAGCCUCUGGGGUGGGAUGGACAACUAGUGUAGAGUCGACGGCAGAACCACUGGAGUACCAAACUUCUCUGGAGAGAAACGAAAGCGUUCUACAGUACCCGCAACCUCGAGGAACUCUGCAGCCUUGCUCCGAACAACUAGAAUGUGCAAGCGAUAAUGGUGAGCAGACGAGAGCUAAGGUGCAGCUGCGGGAAGGAGAAACGUUGGAAAUGUGGGAAAUGCGAAAGUUACCCCCUUUUGUUGAAACGCAGCUUGUGGGCGUAUUUAAUCGCACGAUCGAGGCUGUAACGGCGUGCCGAUCUCUUUUGCCGAGACUAGGAGGGGAACAACUACUUCAACUGCCAUGUGAAGUUAUGCGGUUGCUUGCCCUGGAACUGGGCGCUCUUUCCCUUGUCCGUGAAAACAUUGAACCCCUCCGGUCUGAACUUGGUCAAGCUAUUGUAGAUUUGGGGAUAGAUGCGCUACAGCGCUCAAACGCUUUACAUGGCUGUCAGAAUAUUACAAGGCACCGGGAGGAGAUCCGCCAACUGAUUGCCUUGGUACUUGAGCUCAAAGAUCCUCGCCCAAUGACAGAGUACAACUGCGCGGAUAAGUACAGAAUCAAGAUGAUUUCAUUGUUGCAAACGGCCCCUUUAACUGUAGGAUAUUGCUUGGGUGCCCUCGAGGCUCUGCAGGCGUAUACGCAUGAUGGGCGUUCUGCGCCAUUACCAAUGGUCGAUAACCAAAUAGCUUUGCUUAAAGCAUUGCCACCACGCUCCCCAGCAUCACCUGCCGCAGCGCCUUCCAAUGCCACUUCUCCACCACAGGUUUAG